UCUUAAAGAAAACUCUAAAGAUUUUUUCUUUUAUCACACUGCUCCUCACAAAUGUAAAGAAUUUAGCAGUUCUCCAGUACACAACGUGAAUUUGCAAGUUUAAGCUAGGAUUGCUAGGAUACUGGAAUUACAUUUGCUGUUUCAAGGUGCUCAGUCCUCACUUUCAAGUUUUCAAAAUGAUGACUUUGUUUGUGAGUACCUGGAAAGCUAUGAGUUGUUAUAAUGAUACUUAUGAGGAAAAAAAAGUGUAUGAUAAACCAGCAAAAAGUUUGGCCUUCAUUCUUAUUCCUCUUCUCUGAAGGGAGAGAAUCACAAAACUUUUUAGAAGAAAUACAUCAUCACCUUCCAUCACAAUAGAACGAAAAAAUCUCUUCAUGAACCGUUCUGCUUCUAUCUGGAUAGCAGUGAACUAUGCCCAUGCCAGCUGUGUGAAAGGAAAGAACAUCUCAGUUACACCAAGAAAAGCAGGGAAGUGUUUGACACCAUCUAACAUACAAGCUCAUCAGAUCACAAAGCAAUUGGUCAUAAAAUGGAACUUAUCCACAACUCCUACAGAAUAUGAGUUGAGAUACAGAGAGGCACUGACAGAAGCCAGUCAGUGGACAAGGGUGCCCAUAGAAAGCAAUGCUAUCAACAUCACUGUUUCAAAUGCUACAUCUUCGUAUAUCAUUCAGCUCAGAUGUAUAACCAAGGAUGGUCUUCAUUGUGUUUGCAUUUGGAGUAAAGAGAUUUUGGUCCCUCACAAGCUCAUGAACAAGCCAAGAAUAUCAUAUAAUGCAACUACAGAAAUAUCACCAGGCAGAAGAAGUGUUCUUCUUAAGUGGGAGGUAAUGCAAAGUGAGAACACCAUUGGAUACUACAUUGCUGUUGAAAGAAUACCCAAUAGUUGCAGGAAUUCACCAAAUCGCAUCAUUCUAAAGGACAGAGAGGUUCUUCUAAAUAUCUCUAUGGCUUACUAUAGGAUUAAUAUUUCUGCCUACAACAAUGCCGGAGAAUCUCCACAAACCAUCUACACUAUCCCAGAUUUCUCUGCAACAGAUUUGCCCGGCCAAAUCAAUGUUAAGCCUCACGGAACUGAUGCAGUUGUCACCUGGAAUCCAGAAUACAGUCCAAAAUGUUUUGUAGUUGACUGGGGCACUCGUAAAGAGGAUAUGCGCAUGAAAAUAGUAGCUACAACUGCUGGAAAUUUCACACUAGACAAUAUUAAUCCAUAUAAGCUGUACAAAAUCAUGGUGCAUGCAUCUGAUGUGUGUCAGUGUGAAAGUUUCAGAGGACACGAAAAGACUUUCGGAGUAACCCACUUUUACUUGCUUGAAGGAGUUCCUAGGAUAGGACCCACUAAUAUAACAAUUCUAAAUAUCACAAAGCAUUCUGCAUUUGUGAAGUGGUCUGAAAUAUCUGCUGACGACUGUAUGGGCUUUCUCCAGGGAUACAAAAUCAAAUACAUAGAUUCAUCGAUGAAUAAGUUUCUGGCUGCUAGCAUCAACUCUUCUACUACAAGUUACCGUCUUACUGGACUUAAAGAAAAGACAAUCUACCGUGUAGAGAUUUCAGGAUUCACUAAAGCUGGAGAAGGAUCACCAUCUUUUUCACCGCAAUUCAGUACUCUAAAAUAUGAAAAAGGAGAAUUUGAAGGUUUAAUGACUGGCCUUUGUUUCAGCAUGAUGUUUGCUUUGGUUUUUGCACCUAUGACGUGUAUUCUGAUGCUUAAGAGGUUGAAAAUAUCAUGCUGGUCCAGUGUACCAAAUCCAAGAAAGAGCAGUGCGAUCCAAGAUAUGGCAAGUAUAAUUCCAACAGUGUGAAAAAAAUGUACUAGAAAAAUCGUACCUACUUACUAAUCACUAUCACUAGCUAUUACUGUUUUCACACUUCAUCCUAACAUA